CAUUUUCACCCAAAACUAGCACCUUUUCACGUCCUAUAAAUUCACACAUCCAUAGUUGAUAAACCCAUCCAUCAUCUUUACUUGUUCACACUAAUAAUUAAUUUCAAAAACCAAUGGCCAAAAUUCCCCUACACUCCCCAUUCACAACACUCUCAAUCUCAAUCCUUCUCCUCCUCCUCCUCCUUCACACUAAUAGAGUCUUGUCCGAAUCAGACCCAUCAAUAUCAAACGACACACUACCUUCCAGUAUUUGCAACGCCACCCUUUAUCCAGAUGUAUGCGUCGACGUUCUUAAUGGAUCAGACACAAACACCUCCAUACCAGGCAUCCACAAUUACAGUCGUAUUUCCGUCGACAAAUCCCUCUCGUACGCCCAAAGAUUCUACGCCCUCACCCAAAGAUACGUCAAGAGGCACAAAAACCUAACCUUCACAGCCCUCCGAGCCCUCAAGGACUGUGAAUUCCUCGCGCAGUGCAACGUCGAUUUCCUAAUAAACUCGUCCCAAACCCUUAACUCAUCAUCCCAAAUGCUCCCCGAGCACACAGUCGACGAUGUACAUACCCUACUCAGCGCGAUACUGACAAACGCCGAGACGUGCAUCGAAGGCCUCCAGCUGAAUGCCUCUGCAUGGGGCGUUCGGCCGGCCAAAUUCCUGGCUCAGCUAGCCAACGACACGCGGCUUUACAGCGUGUCGUUGUAUUUGUUCGCGAGAGGUUAUGUUCGAAAGACAAAGAGGCGGACGCAACGUCACAGAAGUUUUCUGGCCCGUUUUUUCAAGAUAAAUAAGCAACUCAAGUCGAGUGACGGGCGGUUCAACUUUCGAAUGUCGGAGAAGAAUAGGAGAAUCUUCCGGACGGCGACCAACCGGAGGCUACUUGAGGCGGCCGACAAUAAAAUCAACGUUAGUGAUAUCGUUAUCGUUGACCAAGACGGGAACGGGAACUUUAGCACGAUUAACGAUGCAUUGGCGGUUGCUCCGAAUAAUUCGGACGGGACAAAUGGCUAUUUCCUUAUAUACAUAAAGGCCGGGGUGUACGAAGAGUAUGUAUCCGUGCCGAAGAACAAGAGGUACCUAAUGAUGAUCGGAGACGGGAUAAACCAGACGAUUAUCACCGGAAACAGAAGCGUCGUCGACGGAUGGACGACUUACAGUUCUGCAACUUUUGUCGUGGUGGCCCCCAAUUUCGUGGCGUCCGACAUCACCGUCCAAAACACGGCAGGCCCCGAAAAGCACCAGGCAGUUGCCCUCCGAAACGGGGCCGACCUCUCGGUGUUCUACGAAUGCAGCAUCGAGGCUUACCAGGACACACUGUACGCCCACUCCCUCCGACAGUUCUACCGCAACUGCGAUAUCAUCGGCACGGUCGACUUCGUCUUCGGCAACGCGGCCGCCGUUUUCCAGGAAUGCAGCCUCCGGCCGCGCCUCCCGAUGUUCGGACAGUUCAACGCCAUUACUGCCCAAGGCAGAACCGACCCCAACCAGAACACGGGCAUCUCUAUCCAGAAUUGCACAAUUCAGGCAACCGAUGACCUGGCGGCCAGAAAUUUCACCGUCAAGACAUACCUCGGCCGGCCAUGGAAGAAUUUCUCGAGGACGGUUUACAUGGAGUCGUUUAUGGAUACGUUGAUUGACCCGGCCGGGUGGAGCCCGUGGGUCGGGAAUUUCGCGCUCAGCACCUUGUACUACGCCGAGUUCAACAACACGGGACCCGGGGCCAACACCAGCGCUAGGGUCACAUGGCCCGGCUUUCAUGUCAUCAAUCAGACGGACGCCCUGAAUUUCACGGUGUCCUCGUUUUUGCAAGGGGAUAAUUGGAUUCCGCGCUCGGGAGUGGCCUACUACGGAGGCCUUUAACUUAUUACUAAUUCUCAGAAUAAUCACAUAAUAAAUCCAAACUCAUGGAUAUUUUAAGCACUCACUGUAAUCUACUUUGUUUCAUAUAAUAAAUCCAAACUAAUGGAUAUUUUAAGCAAGGAUAUAUCAAAAGAUCAGAAAAAGGAACAUGAGGCCUUAGCUUACUCUUUCGCAGCAAUUUUCUACAGAUUAUCAGUCAUAAGUUUAUAACUCAUAAACCUCAAAUGCCCAUACAUAUACAAUUUAUGUUAUGAGGCUUGUUCAGGCUAUUUGCAUAUUGC